GUUGAUCUAGAAGAUCUUGAUGACGAGUUUAAGAAUAGAGGUUUUGCUACUUACAAACUUGGAUUUGUGAACCAUAACUCAUCAUAUAACACCCAAAUAUGUUCUGUUUUCCCGGGCAAAGAUGGGUUUUGUGCAUUGCACUAUUCCUUGUUCCCAAGAGCUUGUGAAGCAAGCAUCGAGAUCUUUUUAAGAGUUAAGAGUGCUCAGGCACAGGAUGGCAAGAUCUAUGGAAGCGCAAUCACACAAUAUAGCAACUUUAACUACUCAACUAAGCUCAAGAGAGAUUAUUUUUGGAGCGUGCUUUUCAAAAGGACUGACAAGGAUCCAAUACAAUUAGGGAGUGAUGGGAGAGUGCCACUUUCUCGAUGUGCAGUCGUGGUGCCAAUGGAUUCGUCCCUCAUUAUUGAA